AUGUUCAAAUGCAACGACUGUAAUAAACCGAUGAAGCAUAAAAGAAGUAUCCAAAGACACAAAACCGAAUCAUGUAUUCACCGGUUAUCGCGUCGACGUCAGAUCAAAUUGGAACCGCAAGAUCCCAAGCCAAAAGACUCUAAAGAAAGCGAUUUCUGGUACUUGAAAAAUAAAAGCAGCAAGCCCGAAGAGCAGUUUUCCUUUCAUCCAGUCAGGACAGAAAACAGCACGAAUAAUACUGAAGAUAGAUCGAAGAAAACUAAUCAAACGUCGACAGUUUCAGACGAAGAUGAAGACGAUGAAAUAAUAUUUUUAUGA